AAACUCCUUAUCAGGAAAUGCACCUGGCUCGGGUUCAGAAGAGCUUCAAGCCUUCAUGCGUCGCCAUACUCCUGUACAGAGGAAGGGGUCGCAGAGAGACGCCUGCUCGCCCACCCAGAGAUUUAUUUGGCUCUGUGUGCUGCGGUGGGGAUGCAUUGACUUCGUCUGGGAAACACAUGUAGCCCAGGAACUCCCAGAGAAACACAUCUGGAACCAUCCCAAAGUGAUUCAGCCAAGGUUGAGGAAAGCUAGCCUCACUUCACGUCCCGUCUUGCCGUGCUAUUAAUGAAGGGACUUCUUGUCUUCUGGGCCUUAUGCUCCCUAGUGGGGAAUUUGCUGGCAGAGAGAUCACCACUCAUUCAAAAAGUCACUUUUUCAUCUACAAACUUUGAGAACAUCCUGAUUUGGGAGAACGGUGAGGACGCUUUCCUAGGCACAGUGUACAAUGUCCAGUACAAAAGGUAUGGGGAAGACAUCUGGCAUAACAAGAGUGAAUGCCAGAACAUCACACAGCGCUCAUGUGAUCUCACGCGUGAGACUGAAAAGGUCGGUGAGCGCUACUACGCCCAGGUGAGAGCCAUCGUCCCUGACUGCUGUGUCUCCAAAUGGGUCAUGUCCCAGAGGUUCUGUCCCCGGGAAGACACUCACAUUGGGGAGCUUGAGGUGAAGUAUACCCCCAGGACGCAAUCUAUAAAGUUCUUUAUACAGCCUCCCUACACCCCUCUCAGAGAUGAGGAUAACCAGUUCCUGACUGUGGAAGAUGUUUUCAGUGGAUUUGGUGACAUCCGAUACGAAAUCACCAUAUUCUGUGAAAAGACGCAGCAGAAGUGGGUAAAGACCGAGAACAACAAAGAAUUUGAAAUUUCUAACUUGGAGUCCAACACCAACUAUAAUGGGACAAUAUACAUUCAGUAUUUAGAUAAAAAAAGCCAGCCAUAUAUGUUUCGGGUGAGAACGUUACCAGACAACACCUGGCUGCCGUAUUUGUUUGGAAUAGCUGUAUUUAUAACAGUACUGAUCUUUGCUACAACAUAUUACUUGAUUUACAAGUACGUCAAACGACAUGCCGUAAAGCAACCAGCAUCUUUGAACUUCAAGGAUAUCCCAGGCUUCCAGUCUCUCACCCUGACUGUGGAGCAUAUUCUGACCCCUCCGGAUCUAUCCAAGCCUCUCCAGAUCGUUUCCGAGAUGCAGCCAGCACAGAAGAACCAGCAUCUCCAAGGAGUUCUGGCACACCUGAAAUUAACUCAUCUGCCCGAAACGGGCUACCAGCAACAGGAGAGAGUGCCAUCCUUCCAGACCAUCGCUCUUCCCGUAGCCCAGGAAGGUGCUCCUCCUACAGGUUAUGCUCCACAAGCCGUCAAGAGCAAUGCACCAGGCAACACGCUAGAUGACAAUCCCUUGACUUUGACAUAUGGAAUAUGCGUCGAAGGCACUAGGAGCACGAAGAAGAGAAACUCUCCGCCAGACCCAGUGGCGAGGUCUGGUUCUCUCAUUGAGAGCAAUUUAGGCAACGGACAGUAUAAUGCCCAGAAACCAAUGCAGACUGAUAGAGGGUCGUGGGGAAACCAGUCCCCAAAAGAGCGGGCAUUGGUGCUGGGAAAUGCUGAGCACACUCAGCAGCUGUUACAUCAAGAAGACCUCCAAGAGGGUAUGCCACAGCAGUUUCCUCCUCUCCUGGAAGAGCGGGUACCCCCAGCCACGUUAGCUGAAAGGACAGGAAACUACAGGAAGCAGCCUGAGGAACUGUUGCCGUCUACCCUGGAAGUCGGCCCAAGCGUCGUCUCAGAGGGUGACCAUCUGUCCUCGUGUGCACAGGCAGGCAGCAGCCAUUCUCACGAUCACCGCACAGGGCAGUGGUUGGGCUGGGGUCCGUUAGCCUGGACUGACACACCAUGGCAACCGCCGGGGCUCCAAACGACGUAUUGUUUUCAACCCCUCGUUCCCCAACCCCGAACGAGCGAGGGGGUGAAAAGCGAGCCCCAAACCUAUGGUGGAACCCCAGACACCUUGAACUGCGCUCAGGACAAUGGUCUCCUCACGGGCCUGUUCAAAGACUUAGAAUUGAAGUUACAAUGGGACCAUGGACCGGAGAAUGAGAAUGCGGCCGUUUAUUAGCCAUGCAUCCAGCAACGGGAUGCGUCUGGUUGUAAUAUGUGGAGCGUGGACAGUUCUUCCUCCCAAACAGGGAGCAGCUUUUCCUAUCGUAAUCCCUCUUAUGUGAAAUGUACCUGUUAAAUUCUGCCCGUUAUUUAAGGGGAAUAAUGCCCCUACUCAUUAAAAGGGGGGGGGAUCAGGAAAAAAAAACACAAAGUUGAGACACAUAUCGCUGAUUUACAUUUAGUGGCAACAGUGUGGGAAAUGCUUUCCAGCGGUCUCCAGUACUGCUCUGUAAAUUAAUGAUGGAGAGUCUUGUGGGAGGGACAGGACAUGGGAGAGAAGCAACCCAAGCUGCCUGCUUUGGUGCCCCUCCAAAUCGGGCUUUGUCUUCCGAAUUCUAGCUCAUCUUGAUGUAUUUCCGGGUUGUUAAAAUGCUGGUUGUAAGCGAGUUUUUCUGAAAAACGCCAGAGCAAAUAGAGAGAGGCACUGAGGUAGAAUCAUUAACAUGCUAAGAGGGAUACACUCUUUAGGAACGCAGAUCUAGCUCUUUAGAAAUGCAAAUCGAGCUGGCUUGCCUAGCUGCAGGAAGCAAACGCUUUAAGCUCUAGUUACAAAAGUAAAACCUCUGUGUUUGCUCAAGCUGACUUUUUGGAACAAUAUUAGUCUGCUUGCUCAAGGUUUUCGCUGGUUAUAACACCACGCAUGUGUUAGACAAUUAGGACAAGCAUUAGGACAAACCACUACUGAGCCUUUCUAAAUGGGGCUGCAGGUUGGAUCAGUGCUUUGCGCACUUAAUUUUAUCCAAAGUGACGUCGGGCUGUGCAAAUACUCAAGGCCUUCCUACUGUUUCAUAUUGCUUCUUGCACAGGUUCCUGCAGACACCUCAGUCUUCCACAUUAAAAAACCCGGGUGCAAUCCUCCUCCUCUGUGCAGCAGGGCACCACCGUCCUUUGCUCUCUGCCCACCAUGGCUGCCCGCUGUUGCCACCAGUAUUGCAUGCACAUUGUGGGGGAAAAGCAUCGUUCAGGGGUGUCAAACUGCGGCCCUCCAACUGUUGUUGGCCUACAACUCCCAUCAUCCCCAGUCACAGUGGCCAGGAACCAGGGAUGCUGGGAGUUGUAGGCCAACAACAGCUGAAGGACUGCAGUCUGAUACUCCUGGCAUAGAUUUUUUUAAUUGUUGACAUUGUUAGUUACAAGAAUUAUCUAAUUUUAACUUGUAAGAAUAAAUGCUUUAUCAUUCUUACUUU